AUGCAUGGCUCAGAAAUUGAAAAGCUGAAGCGACUAGACACCAGGGAACGCCAUCCCGAUAAGGAAAAAAUUUUCGAGAUGGUACACCUACCCGCACCAGCUAUCGGACGACGAAGAGAUCCUGCAUUCCGUGGCUCAACACUUCGCGACACUCAGGACUACUGUACAGAUUCGGAGUGUUUGACCGAUGGCGGACCAACGGCAAUUGCAAGCAAUUCGAUCUUGUUGUGGACGAUGCUUUGGGGUUUCUUGGCUUUAGUUCUGUUCUUUAUGCGCCCAAAUUCUAUGCGAGGAAAUUCGAAUAGGAACGAGAAACCUGGACCAAGCAAUGAUCGCAACAAUCAACCGCCUCCGCCUGCAAUCAUGUAA